AUGUUACAUCAACGUGAAUUAUCGGGGGAUAAACUACUUUUUCAACUCUUAAAAAACAGAAGUCCAACUGCUAGCAACAUAUGUGAGAAACUGAAUCACAAUGUGAAAAACAUUAUUUUGUUAUCUGAAGAUGAACUUUGUGAACUAUGGCAGCAUAUGAAAGUUAUAUUAUUAGAAGCUCAAAAGUUAGAUGAACUAACAUCAAAUAAUAGAGACAAAUAUGUAAAAGAAUAUAGUCAUAUGAUUAAAUUAAUACGUACAAUAACUGCAAUUGCUCUUGAAACCAUUGUGCAACGAAUAUUUAUACCUAAUGUUCUAUUAGAAAACAUAAUAUUAUUACAUUCUGUUGUAUUACCCACUAUAAAAGAUGAGCAGGCCAAAAAUGAAAUAUCGUAUCUGUUGGAAAAUUGGUGGAAAUUAGACAUGACAUGGAAAGAAAAAGUGAUAAUAAAUGCAUUGAAGUACCUUAUUCAGAACUGCAAUUCUUCAUUGGAAAAUAUAAAACGUUUAUAUCAGAUAAGGUCUACUAUCACAUUACUGAAAUGUACAGAAGAUGUGCAAGAAUUGCUUAAACUUGUUCGAGAAAAAACUGUGAUGUCACUUGAAGAAGGUCGAAUGUUGAUACUGCACUUGUUUACACUUGGAGAGCAAUAUAUAUUGGGAAUUCAUAAUAAUGUAAGGGUUGUGUUACAAAAUAUUGAACAUACUUAUAUUGCUGCAUAUGCAGAUUUGUAUGUAACAGCAUGGUUAAAUGCAACGAAAAAAUUAAAAAAAUUUAUCGUUCAGAAUUGUUUGCAAAAUAUUGUUUUUCAUUGUUUUCGAGCAUAUAGAGAUUCUGGAGGCAGGGGAAAGCUUGGUCAAAAUUUGUUUUCAUUUCUUGCUGCCAUACAUGAUAACAAACACCAAACAGCAAAGUUAAUGAUUCACAAUCAAUGUAAACCUUUACUUUGGAAACACUUGGAGGCACCUGGUUCUUUCAUUAGAUGUAAUGCAGUAGAAAUUCUUUUCAUGACAAGUUCUGUGCAAUAUACGUGUGUCUCAAAAGACAGAAACAAGAUUUAUAUUCAAAAAUUUCAUCAAACAGUAACCAAUCUUUUAAAAGAUUCAGAUUCUAAAGUGUGCAUUAUUACCAUGAAUGGUCUUUUUAAAAUGCUAGAGAAACAUUGGACUUGCUUUCCAAAUAAUAUUAUUCGCAAUUGGUUAAACAUUUUACUACACUAUACAAAAAAUGCCAGCAAUUACAAAAUAAGAGCAAACGUUUUUAUUGGCUUAAAAAAUGUAUUGGUUAAAGGACGUUCUCAGAAAAUACUUAAAGAUUUUCUACCAAAUUUUGCAAACAGCAUUUAUGAUGAUAAUAAAACAGUAUUAGAAGAGUUAAUCAAACUUCUUUGGCAUGCACAAAACGAACUUGGAAUGCCGUUUUGGAAUAUAGUGCCCUUGUCCUAUAUUCUCGAUCGUUUAGAGACUACUCAAGAUAUGUUUUUAUUGCGAGAAUUAAUAAAACUUGUUUGGUUACGCGUAUCUUCGAAUGGUGCACAGUACGAUAAAAUAAAAGAUGAAAUAGUAUAUAUAGGAAUAAAUAAUAUAAAUGCUAUUAGAAGGUUUUCUUUUCACUCUAAACCUGUUAUAAAGUGGAAUAUGUCUACAAAACUUAUUCAAACCAUGUUACCUAUAAUAAAAGAAGAAAUGGAAUGUUUACCUUUGACGCAAGCAUUGAAAACAAACAAUAAAAAAGCUAAGCAUAACCACCAGGGAAAGAAACAAAAAAAUGACCGUAUAAAUAACUGCGAUGAAGAUAUCGAUAGCUAUAGAGAUGUACAGAUAUAUAUCGAUGUUAUUGCUAUGUUAUUAAUAGCAAAUGUUAAAAAUAUAGAGGAAGAAAAAUUUUGUAAAGGAGAAAUAAAAAUUUUACAAGAAAUUGCACAUUCUCUGCCAGAAUUUUUUAAAUAUUUUAAGGAAACUUCAAUAAAUGAAUCAGUAAUAUUUUUAUUUUCCUUGAUACCUUCAAGAUUCUUCCUGAAUCAAAUUGAGGUUAUUGAAACAUUAGUACAACAAUUAUGUAAUCCUAAUAGCUCUGAUGAUACACUUCUUACAAUUAUAUAUGUUCUCAUAAAAUGGAAUAAAGGAGAUACAAUUUUGUUUGCAUUAACGAACCUUUUUACUGAAUCUUUAAACUUAAAUACACAAAAUAAUCAGGGUGUUACUAAUAAUACAGAUACCUUUCAAAUUAAUGGAAAAGGUUUAGAAUUAAGUUUACGUAUUUUGAAACAUUUAUUGCACGUUGAACAUCGAUCAGUUCUAAUGAAUAAGUAUCAUAAAGACAUACUUAAAUUUUGGGAAAAUUUGCAUGGACUGAAAAUUUUUAUAGAAAGGGAAUUAAGUAACGAGUGCAAUAUAAGUAAUGUAAUAUCCAAAGAUGUAAUUGUACAAAUUUUUAAAGAAUAUAUAUCGAUGAUCUCGUUAUUACAUAAGAAAGAUGUGUUCGAUGCGUCUGAACAUUUCUCAGAUAUUUUAUUAUGGGUUAAAAAGGUAAUGGUACCGCACAUCUCGUGUAUAGAUAUGAAUAAUAUAGAAAACCAUCAAACUUGUAUAGAUUUAAUAAAAAAUACUUUUGAUAUAUCAAAUUUACUGUUGAAAGAGUACAACAGUACCCCAAAGUUAUGUUGUGAUAUUGUACUUUUAUACUGCAGUUGUUUGUCUCCAGUAAGUGGCAUAAUUUUUUUAAAUAAGGCGUUUGAUGCAAUAAUAAUACUAUUAGAUUUUAGUCAAAUGGCUUAUGAAAAACAGGAACCAAAUUUAUUAAAUAUUGUUGUACCAAAUUUUAUAUGUAUGACAAAUUACUGAAUUGUCUCGUUUAUUAAUUAGAACUUAAAAGUAUUAAGUGAAAUAACGCAAAAAUAUUUUCUUGUGAUUAAAAAUACUUUUAACGAUCAAACGAUGUAUCUUCCAUAUAUAACUAUUAUGGUUAAUACUGCAAUCAGUAGUCUAAGUACAGAAUUGAGUCGUGUGUUGCAAGACAUGCAUGUGAGAAAGGCAAACAUUUUAAUUACCAAGUUUCCUUAUUUAGCAAAAAAGAUAUUAAAAGUUAUUUUAAAUACAAAAAGAUACCAAAAAUUAAGUGUUCAAGUACUAACAAAAACAAUAACAAGUUACACGAAAAUUGACAUGCUAUCUGCUCUUGUAGUAAUAUGUAAGAUACUUAAAACAAGUGAUAGAACAGUUAUUAACAGACUUAAGAAUAUGACUUUAGCAUCUAAAGUAUACAACCAAAAACAAUCUUGUGAUACUCCUCUUGAGAGAUCCAUAAAUGACGCAAUCAACGUAGUUGCAGAUACAAUAUUGAAACAAUAAUAUAUUAACUGCCAUUUUGUAAUUCCGUAUAGAUAGGCUAAAUAACAUAUUAUUUAUUUAA